AUGUGCAACUUGUUCAGUUCAUACUUAUAUUUUAUAAGUUUACUUCACUUACCACAUUAUUUAACACAAACUGAUUGGGAUAUCCGAGCAAGUGUUAUAUUUCCUUCACCGCCUUCAUUGUCUUCAACGACCACAUCACCUGCAGUUCUACAACAAAAGCCAACAAAAUACAAUAUGGGUAAUGGGAUGAAAAAAAUGAUAAGUGGAAGUAGUAAAACAAACAUGUUACAAAUUGUUGAUGAAGUUAUUCAUAAACAAGAAGUAAGCAUAGAUUGUUUAGAAGCGCUGCACAACUGUGAAUCCGUAAGCGGAAUAUGUAAAGUUGAUGUGGAUAUUUUUAAAACAUUUUGUGGUGAUUGGACUGACGAGCGUAGUUUAAUGGGGUGCCAACGUAAAUAUUUACGAGAAUGCCAAUCUGCUCUAAGGACGAUGAAUCUUGGACGUCCAGGAUUAAAGCAUUGUACAUGUGAUAGUCGGUCUAGUCGUUCAAUUGAUGAUCUAACGAAAUGUAAUUUACUAAGGAGAAAUCUAAACAAUCAUCCAUGUCUGGCUGAACCACCAAUAUUUUUUCGUGAAUUACAUUCGCAUGGAAAUUUCCGCCAUGAAUCUAAAAUGGAAUUGAAAGCAGAAAACAAAGCUAUUCAAUCAGAAAACAAUAUGAAUACAAAUUUGAAAAGUUCGAAUACAACACCACUGUCGACUGAACCCUAUGUAAUGUCUACACCAAUGACUACAACAUCUAUCACUUCAAAUAUUUCGUCGAGUUUAAGAUCAUCUAACAUUGCAUUGGUUGAUGAAAAUUCAGACAAAAAUAAGGGAAAUACAAGUUGUUUAGAUUUGCUUGAAAAUUGUACUAAACUCCCAGCAUGUGCUAUUGCACUGAAUAAAUUUCGUGCUUUAUGCACCAUCAGAACUUGCGAUAAGUUAAAAUCACAGUGCUUAGAAGCAUCCAAGAAAUUUCUUCAAUUCAAAACGCAUAUGAAUUGUGACUGUAAGAGUGAACUAAACGAAGGCAGGUAUCGUAGAUGUUUAGAUUAUAAAGAGGCUGUAACAGAUAAUAAAUGUGUUGAAAUUUCAUCAAAUCAACAAGUCAAUUUGGCUAGUGGAAAUGAACUGGAAUAUUCUUUUGUAAAUAUGAACUUGGAGAAAAAUUCAGCAACUGUUCCAGUUUCAUCUGACUAUCAUUUACCUAUAACUGCAGCAGGUCAAAAUAAUUCAGGAAGUAUAGAAGAUGAAACAUUAUCCGUAAUACAUCAGCCACGUUUAAUCGCUUCUAAUAUUAGUGGUCAAAGACCAAGCAAACUAAUCGAUGUGGAAACAGUCGUUUCUGAAACAUGGACUAAUAAAAUGAGUUGUUAUUCAAUAUUUCAUGAAUGUCUUCGUAAACCUGUCUGUCUCCAACACUUUGUAAAUCUUCGUUAUGGAUGUGUACAAAUGAAUCGACAGUUUAAUGCUUGUAGAAAUCCAGGUCAGUGUAUAAACGCAGUAGAACAUUUUUACAAAGAAACAAAUUCUUUCGUAAACAGAGCCAUAUCAUGUACCUGUGCGGAAAGGGAUUUGGAUUGUCAGCAGAUGCAGAAUAUAUUUGUACCCAGAUGUAUUCAUCAGUCAUAUGGACUAAGAAUAGAUUGUUAUCAAGCAUGGAUACAGUGUCAGAAUGAUCCAGUUUGUAGGACAAGUUAUGAUCUACUAGUUUCAGAAUGUCAAACUUCUACUGGACUUUGUUACAUAAACCCAACCGCUUGUUUAAAUGCUUAUCGAAGAUUAUGGAGUGGUCCAUGGGCUGGUGGUUGUAGUUGUGAAACAACACGACCGAAGCUCAAUCCAUCAGAUAAUGUAUUAACAGGAUGCAGUGAAUUUAGUAGAGUUUUAACACAACGUCCCUGUGUUGAAAGCAGUUCCAAAACACAUCAAGCCGAAGAUUCAGCUUUCAGUCACGAGCCGUUUUAUUGUAAAGUGAUGAAAAAAUUACAAAUGCCUUCUGAAGAUUAUGUCAGAAUUCCGUCUUUGCGUGAUUAUCAGGAAGGAAGGCAAUUUGCUAGAAAUUGUUCCUUACUAUGCAAUUGUCAAUUUGGUUGUCGAUAUGAAAUGUGUUAUAGAAUGGAGACGAAAAUUUGGAAUGCAUAUUAUUUGUCUAAUCGUACUAAUCAAAAUAUUACUCUACCAACACGAAUACAAACAAUCAAUAUUUACCAACCAAAUUUAUCAUUAGCUUGUUUUUAUCUUCCAAAAUUCAAUAGUCAGUGCGUAUGUUUUGCAUAUAAUCGAGUUGUUUGUAAUGUAGUCAGUCAGAAAAACCAAUAUAUUAUAUCAGGUCAUAAGCUACUGAUUGAUUUUGAUGUGGAAAUGUAUUCAACAACGGUCGAUUUGUUGGCCGAUGAUAAAUCACUCUCAGAAUACGAAUUUUACGGAAGUAUUGUUCAGCUUGAAUUCCUGCUAACUAAUUUCUUGGCACAUUUAAUUGGACAGAAAAGCUGUCGGUUAAUCUUAUCUGCAUACCAAUCAAUUGAUGAUAAACAUAUCUGGUUAAAACAACCUUCAAGUAACAAUAAAUCGAACAAGUUCUUGAAACGAUUAGAAUACUUGCUGGCAGUAAAUCUAGACUCAGCUUUCCCAACUGAAAACAAAACAUCCUUAUGUUUUAAUCUGCUGAACAUGCUUACAAUAAUGAUCAAUGAUCAAUACCCACAAAUAAGAUAUCAUGCAAAGUUUUCUACAUUUCAAAAAAGUCAUGUAAGAACACCAGGAUUUAUUGAACAUCAUGAUGAUUUAGACAGAACUCCUGAUAUAACAUAUCGUUUACAACAACUAAAGCAUCAACAACAACAAGAAAUUCAAGCAUGGAGGCAUAUAAGAACAUCAGUACAAAUGCAACGAACUAAUGAAUUACAAAAGAAUAAUUGUCAUAAAACAUUCACUUUGAGUUUCCCUUUCUAUAGAAUUCUGUUUAUCUUCAUUAUAUCUACGAAUCUUCAAAUGAAUUAG